UUGAGUUCGCGUCUCCCAACAGUAGAAGAAGAAGAAGAAGACUAAAGACUAAAUGGCAGAAGUCGCUCCCGCACCGGCAGCCGCCGCCGCUCCGGCAAAAGCGGCCAAGAAGAGAGCCCCCCGCCCCAAGAAGAGUGGCCCCAGCGUCGCGGAGCUCAUCGUCAAAGCCGUGUCGGCGUCCAAGGAGAGAAGCGGCGUGUCUUUGGCAGCGCUGAAGAAGACUCUGGCUGCCGGCGGCUACGACGUGGAGAAGAACAAGGCCCGCGUCAAAGUGGCCGUCAAGAGCCUGGUAACCAAGGGCGCUCUGGUGCAGGUCAAAGGAACCGGCGCCUCGGGCUCCUUCAAAAUCAAUAAGAAAGCGGAAGACGCCAAGAAACCCGCCAAGAAAGCGGUAAAAGCAAAGAAAGCCGUGGCCAAGAAACCCGCAGCCGCCAAGAAGGCGUCAGCUAAGAAACCCGCAGCCGCCAAGAAGUCCCCGAAGAAGGCCAAGAAACCUGCGGCAGCCAAGAAGCCCAAGAGCCCCAAGAAGGCCGCCAAAAGCCCCAAGAAGGCGGUCAAAAAGCCCGCCACCCCCAAGAAGACCCCAGCUAAGAAGGCUGCUAAGCCCAAGACGGUCAAGCCGAAGGCGGCCAAACCAAAGAAGGCGGCCGCCAAGAAGAAGUAGAUGGACACGUCGUCUUGAAACACCUCCAAAGGCUCUUUUAAGAGCCAACCACAAUCACAAUGAAAGAGCAUUUCGCAACAACCCAACCUCACCUAUAAACGUCUUGAUGCAUGCUCUACAAUAGAUCAUCCAGCUAAGAACAUUACACAAACUUAAACCGAUUCAUCUUGGAUACAAUGUUUACCGACAGUUUACCUACAAACGAUAAUAUGACUGAAAGGGAUUGUUACGACUUCAUCGUUCGUCACGUACUUUAUUACUCUGAAAUGACACAAAACAUCUCAGUUCUCCAGUGGUUGGUUAGACCACACACAGCAGUUGACUAGAAGACAGCUUUGUUUUGGGGGGGGGGGGGCAUGACAGUAUAGCCACAAGUUUGUUAAUUCUCUAUAUCCUAUAGCUGUAGUUGAUUUAGUGACGUCAUUGUUGGUGUUGUAACUGCUGCAGACUGACAUGCCCUGUUUAAAAUACAUAAUGACAUUUUUACAGCAAGUUUUAAAGUAACAAAACCAUUAAGCUGUACAAGGAUAUUUUCAGAGGAAUGAUGUCACUUGUUUCUUUUGUUUGUUUGUUUUUUCUCUUAUUUAUUUAUUUUAUUUCUUUUUUGUAUGAGUUGUUUUCUCGUUUUCAUAAUCCCUAGUAGAUUUGUUUUGUAAUUAUGUAUUCAGUCAUUUUCACUACAAUUUUGUGGAAUACAUGUCUGCUAUAUUUGUACAUUUCAAUA